AUGUUUUUCGAUCUUGUUAACGGCAAACUUUCGUCCUGGUUCUUUAACCUCUGCCGCAGAAUUCGGUCCCUGAUCCCGUACCUCAACUCCCACCAGAACGCGAACGACGAAGAGAUUCCGUUCAACUAUAUCCUCACCUUCGACGCUACGGAAUCAGCCUAUGACAACUACAUCGACACUGAAACUUCCAUCCGUUAUUUUGAUGUGGAAUCCAGCUCUGCAGAAACCUUAGACUCCGAUGCCCUCUCUCUCGACCACGGCCCUCUCGACUACGGCCUUCUCGACUACGGCCCUCUCGACCCCCACGACCUACACACCAUCGACACUCAUCACAUCUGGUGGGGACCAUUGACCCACUAG